AUGUCAGCUAUCUUGAAAGAAAGAGUUAGAUAUCUCCCACUAUUAUCAAAAUUAAGAAAGCCAGAAGAAUGUGUUGAGUUUUUUAAAAAUGGACAGUAUAUUGGAUGGUCAGGUUUUGCAGGUGUGGGUGCUCCCAAAAAGGUCCCUGAAGCGCUUUCAAAGCAUGUUGAGGACAACAAACUUCAGGGAAAAUUGGCAUUCAACUUAUUUGUAGGUGCUUCUGCUGGACCAGAGGAAAGCAAAUGGGCUGAAAAUGGAAUGAUCCUACGAAGAUCACCUCACCAAGUAGGAAGGGGAAUAGCUAACUCAAUAAACACUGGGGGAACCCACUUUUUCGAUAAACAUUUGUCGAUGUUUGCCCAAGAUUUGACCUAUGGAUACUACACCAGAUUCAAGAAAGAUAAUGACUUGUUAGACUACUCGAUCAUCGAAGUAACAGCCAUCACAGAAAAUGGAGGAUUGAUAUUGGGCCCUGGUGUGGGUGCGGUCCCUGAAAUAGUGAGUGUUUCGGAUAAAUUAAUUUUGGAAGUUAACACCAAAAACCCUUCCUUUGAAGGAUUGCAUGAUAUUGAUAUGCCCAUAAAUCCCCAUUCAGACCAGCUUAUCCUUAUCGCAGAAGUUGCAGCUAUUGUCGAGUGUGACAGGUCUGAUGCUAUUCCACCCAACACUCCCUCUGAUGCAAUGUCGCAGGCCAUUGGAAACCAUUUGAUUGAGUUUUUUGAGCAGGAAGUCAAGGCCGGAAGAAUGCCUUCCAACUUGCACCCUUUGCAAUCAGGUAUCGGAAAUAUUGCUAAUGCUGUGAUCGAUGGUUUGUCUUCCUCUUCAUUCAAAGACCUCAAGGUGUGGACAGAGGUUUUGCAGGACUCGUUUUUGGACUUCUUUGAAAAGGGCACAUUGGAUUACGCUACUGCUUCAGCGAUUAGAUUGACCGAAAAUGGUUUUAAAAGAUUUUUCGAUAACUGGGAUCUCUUUAGCAAAAAAUUAUGUUUACGAUCUCAAGUUGUCUCUAAUUCACCAGAAAUCAUCAGAAGAUUGGGUGUUAUUGCAAUGAAUACUCCUGUUGAAGUUGAUAUCUAUGCACAUGCUAAUUCAACCAACGUUAAUGGUUCGAAAAUGUUACAUGGUAUUGGUGGUUCCGGUGAUUUUCUCAGAAACGCUAAAUUAUCUAUAAUGCACACUCCAUCAGCAAGAAAAACAAAAACAGAUCCUACUGGUAUAUCAUGCAUUGUGCCAUUUGCAUCCCAUAUUGACCAAACCGAACAUGAUUUGGAUAUUUUGGUCACUGAACAGGGAUUGGCUGAUUUAAGAGGAUUGUCUCCAAGAGAAAGAUCUGUUGAAAUUAUUAAAAACUGUGCUCAUCCUGACUAUAAAGAUCAAUUAUUAGACUAUGUCAGAAGAGCUGAGCUUCAGGCUGCCAAAACAAAAAGUCUUCAUGAGCCCCAUAUUCUUGCUGAUGCUUUAAUAACAGCCUUAAGAUUUGAGGUGCCUGCUGGUUCUUCUAAAAAAUGUAUCAGAGAUUUUAUAUCUGAAGGUCAAUUAGUUGUGGUAAAUAUCGAAUCUUCUGGUCAAGUUGGUGAUGGUCAACAAUUAAAUUUCAAUAUUGUGGAUAGUGUUGGAAAUGAAUAUCGAAGAAAAAAAGAUUUUGCAGGUUCAACUAGAGUUGCAUUUACUGCCCAUGCUUCUGCUGCAUUUGAUGUUUGUUUUCAAAAUCUUUUGCUAAGAUCAAACAACAGAGCUAAAAAUCAGUUUAGAGAAAUUGAAUUGGAUAUUGAAGCUGGUAGUGCAGCAAGGGAUUGGAAUGCGAUUCAGGCUGCCGAAAAAUUGAAACCUGUAGAAUUGGAAUUAAGAAGAAUUGAAGAAUUAACUGAUGAAAUAGUUGAUGAAUUGAACUAUUUAAAGGUUAGAGAAGAAAGACUCAGGAAUACAAAUGAAUCAACAAACUCAAGAGUGAAAAAUUUCUCCUUUUUAAUUAUAAUUUCCUUAAUAUCUUUAGGUAUUUGGCAAGUUCAAUAUUUAAGAGCUUAUUUCAGAUCAAAACAUAUUAUUUAA